UGACACGGAGCAGGCUGUCGUUACAUAAACUACAAAUAUUUUACCUGAGCUUCCACCCCUCCCUGCCCGGGAGAUAUUUUUUUUUUCCUUUUCUUUUUUCUCUUUUUUUUAUACAGUGAUACGCAGUGUAUUUUCUGAUCAGUGCCUUCCAUCUUACCCAGUGCUGAGCUAGCAAGUGUUAAACAUGUUCUGUGCUCUACAGAUCCCAUCUCCAAGGUCCUGCCAACCUAAUGGAGCUGAGGAAGAAGCCCUGCAGCAUGAAAUUGAAGAGCUGAAACAGAAAGACCUUGCUCUAGACCAGGAAAUUGCACAAUUGUUGUCUGAAGGCUACAGCCUGGAGGAAUUAGAGAAGCACAUCUCUCUGCUCCAUGAGUAUAACGAUAUUAAAGAUGCUGGACAGAUGUUGCUAGGCAAGCUGGCUGUUAUCCGAGGGGUUACUACAAAGCAGCUCUACCCUGAAUACGAUCUGGAGCUUAGCGACUAGUACUGAACCUGAAGACUGCCAUGUCCUGCAAAAAUGACCGUUACUGGGCCAUUAUGUUUUGCUGUCAUAGCGGUUUAGAACAGAUAUGAGGUGGCCUCGGAAAUAUGUAUGUAGAAUUGCAACAGAGUGUGGGUUAACAGCCUUAUUUCUAGGAAGCUUUGGAACAUGGAAGUUGUUGAAUCUAUCAACUGUUUGUAGGAAAGGGAUGUGGGACUUAGGAUAAUUUUGUCUACUGCCUGAUCAACAGUAUUUUAUUUUUUUUUAUUGGAAAGUUUUUAAUUCAGGUUGAUGUUAAGACUCUUCCCAUUGAGCAUUUGCUUCUCUAUCACAUCCAGGGGUUCUUUGGAUAUGCUAAUGUGCAGGUGGAAGCAGCUGCCACUGAAUGGAUAGAGGAAGUGCGGGCAUACAGAUGUGCAAUGUAAUAGCUGCUUUGAACGAAAAGAAAAAACCCUCAGAAACAGGGAGGGAAGAAGGCUGAAGUUGUGGUGGUUUGGGGGUUUUGUUUUGUUUUCUGAUCAAAUCUGGAUAAGUCUGGGUAUUCUGCAUUUUUGUACUUAACUGCUCUGGUAUCUAGAGGUUUUGUAUCAUUUCUGUAGUAAAUGGCAAAAUGUGAAGUUGUGCUGAACUGUCCAGUCUGAAUAAAGCAGCUAUCACAUUUCUCAGUAAUUCACUUUAAGAGCCUAUAAAAUGUUGCAUGAACCUGGGAGCAAAUUCUUAAGCUAUAUUCUGAGAUCUCUAUAACAUCUAUUAUUCAAAUGUUUUCUGAGGGCUCUUAAUAGAGGCAGUGUGGCAGCACUACUAAGUAAUGGGUAGGUACAGAAUUACCUUUACUCUCUUCUAAAUGCAGCGUCACUGUGAAAGCAGGCAAUGUCCUAAACACAAAAUUAUGUUGAGAGCAUGAAUGUUUCAGUGUCAGGUGUUAGGAUUGAGGGUGACUGUGCAGACUAAAUUUGGCUGCUUCAUGCAGUUUAAAGUGAUGAAGUGCUCUGCUGACUGCAGAUCCAUUGUCCCUUUUUCACUCAAGCUUGACGUCCUUCUGCCCAUUUCUACUUCUAAGACCUUCCUGCCACUAAGUUCCCCCCUGGUCUCCAGUCAGGCCCAUGCUGCAGUCUGCUUAUAUUUCCAAAUUUGAAUCAAAUUCAUCUGUCUUCAUAAUGCUUGGAAACCAGAAAAUGGUCACAAAGGCUGCUGCUGAGAAUAGAGAAUUGGUUUUGUGCUUUCUGUUCUGGACCUGGUGCAGAAACAUCACUAAUAAGUAUCUUGUUUUGCCGUGAAAGCCCUGGGGAGGGUGUCUAAAGCGGGGGGACAGACAAUGUAGCUGUGUUCUGUGAUUCAUUCAAUCAAGUCUCUGCUAUUGUGCACCUGUGCUUCUCUGGAGGGUAUUUACUGUGGCCAGGUAAGAACGGGCUCUCAUGGGUAUGGUUACAGUUAUAUCCUCCCCAUCACUCCCCUCUUGCCAAGUGUGGAAAACUCCUAUGUUUUGGUGUAGCUUUAAGGGGAGGAAGAAAAGUCUCAAGAAUGCUAGAACUGGGAAAUACUAACUUUGUUCUCAAAACCCCCAUUGCUGUUUUGGCUAUUUUUUUCUUUAUAAAAGAACUGAUUUAGCCUGUGGUGUUUUAGCCAAAAUGUUAAGUCUGGCAAUGGCACAAGCAACUGGAAUUUUUUUUUUGCAAUGGCAAGUAUGUAUAGAAAUUCCUUUGGCUUGCAUUAGGUGUAAGCCACGUGGGAUGAAGUAUACUUCAUUACCAAAGCUACUGAAGGUUAUUUAAGGACUGAGAAAUCCAUGUUUUCUUCUCCUCUUCCUUG